UUAAUUAUAAACCAGCCGCAUUUAAUUUUAUAGAUACGCAGCUUCACUUGCAAGUAUACAUUAUUGCGAUGAAAUAUCAUUGGCACUGUUGUACACUUGUACUAUAGUAUACCUGCAUAUGCGUGUAUUGCAGUAUUGCAGACUGCAAUUUGCAGUGACACACUCAACUACUGGGGUACUGGGUUGACAAACAUUGACGUCUAUAGUUAAAUACAAAAAAAAAGUUAAACGAUUCAAUAACAAAUCAGCUAGUCGCUAGAAACUUGUCCGGAGAAAAAAUUACAUACUUUAAAAGAAAGAAUUCUCAUAGGCAAAAUGCUUAAUAUAUACCUGGAUAACGGUUGUUAUGGAAAGUCAAAAGCUAUGGAAGUUUUUCUUCCAAUUAGUGGCAAACAGCUGAUAGAACGAGUACAAAACACACUAGGAGCUGCAAGUCACAAUUUUUUCUUAAAGAAUAAUGGGCGUUUGAUAGAAACAAAUGAAAUCAUCACCAAUGGAGACUUGUUGCUGGUGCCAAAAUUAUGUGGAGGCAAAGGUGGUUUUGGAUCUAUGCUCAGAGCCAUUGGUGCUCAAAUUGAGAAAACUACAAAUAGAGAGGCCUGCAGAGAUCUGAGUGGUCGCAGAUUGAGAGAUAUUAAUGAAGAAAAGAGAUUAAAAGCUUGGAUAGAGAAGCAAUCGGAGAGAAAAGAGGAAGCUGCAGAGAGAAAAAAAAAGAAACUCGAAAAACUCUGUGCUCAGCCAAAACAUGAAUUCAAAGACAAGGCUUAUGAUCAACAGCGUUCAGUUUUGACCGAAAGAGUAGAGGAGGCUGUAGAAAUUGGUUUUGCAGCUGCAUCUACUUUAGCUGUGAAAAGAUUGGCAGAUCAACCGACAACAACAAAUCCCAAGAAAAAAAUGAAAACCAUUUUGGACUUGGACGAUGACAUUGAUCUUUCUGAUCUUGAUUCUUCUGACGAUAGUGAUACUGAAAAAGAAACAAAAGUUGAAAAGGAUAUUACCGAUAGUAAGAAGAACAUAGACAUUAAUCUAUCUGAUAGUAACCAGUCAGGUGAUAAAAGUAGAUCAGAUAAGGAAAAUUAAUGUAAAUAUUUGAUUUUCUAAUUUUUACCAUGUAUUUAUAAGAAAAUAUACCACUGGAAUUCUUUUCAAUCAGUGUAAAUAUAAAUAAAAUGGCAUACUGCUCCUCAUGACCUCAUCAAAGUCAGAGCCUCAAACCUUCGCGGGGCACAACAUAUUGUCGUUCUAAGUUAUUCGAUUCCAGAUUUAUUAGCCUAAAG